UACUAGACGAUUGGUUGGAUGAACGACGUUGGAAUCACGUGAGCGGAUUCAAAAACUUUUGGUGGUCGAUUCGAAUGUUCAGUUCAGUUACGUUGAUUUAAAUCGAACAGUUUGAACUUAUUUAUAUAAUUUGAAUGAUGAGUGAUAUGGAAGUUGAUCCUAAGUGGGAAUUUGACUGUCCACAAUUUGUCGACUUCAAUCAGCCUUUACAUAGUGACGACAACGUGGAUAGCUUCUUUGAAACUGAUCAUGAAAAUGGUAUUACAGAUGAAACUUCUUCCAAAAGGGCAAAAUCUAAAGAUAAAGGAAAACUGAAAAAUAAGGAAACCCCUGUGAAGACGUGCAAGACUGACAGUCCAGAGUUCCAGACGCCACCUUCCUGUAUUAAACCUCAGUUAUCUUCCAAAAAAUCAAAAAGUGCAAAAAAAAGUGCUAAGAAAGUUUGUCUGGAUAUUAAGGUUCCAGAAAAUUUGACUGAGAUCUUGUCAUCUAAUGAUGAAAAUGAGAAAAAGAAGAUAAAUUCCAAACAGAAGAGAAAAUCAAAUAAUAAGAAAUCUACAAUCUCUUCACGACUGCAAGCAAUUGGAAAUAAACAUCUUAACAGAUUGUAUAAUUUACGACGGACUCCGGCCAAAACUCCGAAGGAAAAGACUACUCCAAAGAGUAAGAAAGCCAAAUUAGCCGGAAAGAAAGAUACUCCCUCGUUGCAGUUGUCUAAAGCAUUAACUGGCAGCAUCCGAAGCAUGAAGAGCAGAAGUCUUACGAGCAGUUUGAGAAGAUCUGCUCGGAAAUCGGCUAAGAAGAUUCAAUACAAAAGUGCGUCUUCCGAAAAUCUAAACGAUUUGAGAAAAGUAGCCAAAAAACUUGCCACUCCUCAGUGUUCAAAGAAAACUGCUGCUGCUAAGUCUUCAAAGAAUAUUAAGUCUUCAGAGGAAUUAGAAAUGGAAAAAAUUGCCGACCUGAGACAACAAUUAUCACUCCAUCGCGAAAUGGCCAAGCAGUCAAUGAAGCGAGCCAUGAUGCAGCCUGCCAAUACAUCUGUUGGCAAUAGUUCAUCACAGGCAUAUCACACGGUCGCUAAGCCAUUUAAUUUUGCAACAGAUCAAAGAAUAAAAGGUUCCGGGAAAAAGAAGUGUGAACGGGAAAGAGAUUUCAUCUCCACUCUAAGAAGUAACUCUUCUCCUGUUUCUCAGAAAUAUCACGAUAAAGAACUGACUGUACCAAUUCCAUUCAACUUAACAGAAAAUAGAAAGAGAAAAUUAGACAAUCAGGAAAAUUAUCAAACGCUUGCCGAACAGAUCGAAGCUUUUCAGAGAGGGGCAUUCGAUAAGUUUGGCGGUUUGGCUAAAAAUACAGAAGAAAAAGGUAAUUUGCUAACCAUUCCAAAGACACCCAAGUUACGUGCCAUGUCUCGACGCCGUCCAGUAAACGUGCUCAGUCAAGCCGAAAGAGAAGAGCUUCUAUUACAAGAAAUGAAAAGCUAUAAAUUUAAAGCUACUGCCAUCAAUCCAAAGAUAUUGAGCUGUUCCCAGAAUAUCUCAAGAACAACAGAUGAAAGCGGCAAACCAGAAUCCAAAGAGAGAUAUUUUUUGAGAAAGAGAUCUCGGCCCGGAGAUGACGACAUACCGUUUCAGUUUCACGCAAAUCCCGUUCCGGAAAAAAUUCUGAAAGGAGUCGUGGGUAUAAAAGAGAGAACCGAAUUGCCAGUCACCAAACCAAAAUCUCCAAAUCUUCAUUUGAAACAUAGAGCCGAAAUGUGGAAAGAACAAAAAGUCGAAGAGAAAGAAAAUUCUUUAAUUCACACAUUCAAAUCUAGACCACUACCUCAUGUAGGUGUUCCAUUUCGGCCUAAACUAGAUACAAAAAGAACUGUUUUAGAACCAUUUAGUUUUGAAGAUCGAGACAGGGAACGGUGGCAAUUAAAAGCAAUGAAAAUUAAGGAAGAGCUACUACAUCAGAAAAAGGUGGAAGAAUUCCAUGCCCAGCCUAUGCCUAAUUAUUCUGAUAAUCUUCCUUCGGUUCCUAAAAAACCGUGCACCCAAGCAGAACCAUUUAAUCUUCUUAUGGAGCAACGUAGCAAAGAGAAACUUGAAAAAUGGCAAAAAGAAAUCGAAGAGGAGAUGAAUAGGGAAAACGAAGCAAGAAUUUUCAAAGCAAAACCGAGUAAUGUCCUUUAUAAAUCUCCAUUCGUGCCUGAGAAAUCUACUAAACCACUUUCAGAUUUGACAAGUAUUUAUCUAAAUACGGAAAGACGAGCAGCAGAGAGAGAGAAAUUUGAAUACUUAAAAAAUCUGAGAGAAAGAGAGAGAGAGGCAGAAUUUGAGAAACUGUUACAGGAAAGAGAACAAGAAGAGCUGGAAGAGAUCGCCAGAUAUCGGGCCAAAAUCGUCCACAGAGCCCGCCCGGUCAAACACUACGUCCCAUUGGAAAUACAACCGAGCUCCAUUAAGCUUACACAGCCCCAGUCUCCUCACCUGGCAACCAAGUUGCGCUCCAAGAGACUCGCUUCAGAAGUAUGAGACUUUUCCUUUGCUAGUAGAAAGAUUUCCACUUAAGUGUAUUACAUAACUGCUAUGUAAUAAUUAAAUGCUUGUGUUCAUUAUUUUUAAUUAUAUAUUAUAUAUAUAAAUUGA